AGCACGCUAUCUUGCUAAAGUCGGCUUUUUAUGGCCGCUCAACUUCCGACCUAUAGCUGUUUUUAGCCAACAUUAGCCGGGUCGGUGCAAGCUAGGCUGCCAUUGUUUGUCAAACAAGUUGCUUCCGUAGAGAAAUAACAGCUGACAACAAACGGGCUUUCAGUAGGGUGAUGUACAAGACUAACCCCUGUCACCUCUCCACCCUUCAGCACUGAAGAUGGAAGAGGAUCAUGUUCACUGCAUGUCCUGUUUUAACCAGAGGUGCAUGACCAAACCUGAACCAGGAAUUUCUUGUGAGCUUUUCCAAUGUCCCUUGCUGUGUGGGGCUGUAUUUCACUCCUGCAAAGUUGAUGAACACCAACUUCUCUGCCCGUUGAUGAGGGUUCAGUGCCUUAAUAGGGACUAUGGCUGUCCAGCCACCCUGGUCCGCAACCAGAUGUAUGCACACCUGGAAGUGUGUCCGGCUGGAGUCGUCUGCUGCACAAUGGAGUGGAACAGAUGGCCCAUUAGCUGCUUGGACUAUACUUCUUAUGAGAGCCUGAGCCGUGGGGUUGAGGAGGUGGAGCAGCUGGACAUGGCACUUGCCCUUCAGGACCAGCGUACACUCCUGGAGUCUCUGAAGGUGAUCUCCAUGGCGCCUUCUGCACAAAGAGAGGCACUUGUCCACAUUUGUAAGGAGAACAGGACAGCACACUCAGCUUUACACUCAUCCAUUCCUGAAGCCUCCACCUUCACGGGUUUGCCCUCACAGCUGACCUCAAAUCAGUCCCAACCACUCCCACCAGGCUCAGCAAAAGAGAGAAUAAUCAGUGGAAUUAAUGGUUUGAAUGAGGAGCAUCUCAGUAAACUAUAUGAGGCCACAGUUGAGACGGCAAGAAGUUUAGCUGCUGCUUUAGACUUUGUUAGCACUGCCAGCUGUGGCCAAAGUAGCACAGAAUGUGUAAAAAAUGGAGCCGCCCUGCUAAAUGGUAGCUUUAGCAGCAGUAGAUACUUUCAGAAUGGACUAGAAGACACACUUGAAGUUGCAGAUGAUUUGCACAAAACAGACAUGAAGGAGAAAACGGUUUGUUCAAGCUGUUUGAGUGAAAGUGGGACUCUUAAAGAAAUUAUAAAGAAUGAAAACACAGCCAUUGGACCUUUGUCAGGAGUCGAUGAGGCCAUUUCUGAGACUCCUUGUACUGUUGAGUUGCAAGAAAAAGAUGUUUCUCAGGAGUUUGUGACCCCUCAAAUGAUGUCUCCAAUUAAUGUUAGCCAGGGUGUGGCACAGAGGGCUGGUCAUAUUGUCCUGGAAGACAGGGGGCUAGUUCUUUCAGAAAACCAAAAGUCUUUCAGAGGCCAAGGUUCUUAUUUUUUACCUAACGGAAGGAUAGGUGUCACACCAGACAGUUCAUUGUAUAGAUUGCGAGUCAAAAUGGAGGAUAAGGCAGUAGAUACUUCAGACCUGGAGCAGGAUGAUGACCCCAUGGGUCUAGGAGAGAUUGAUCUGAUCACCGCAGCCUUGUUUUUCUGCCUAGAGGAGUCUAGAGAGUGUAGAAGAAUCUCUGAUACAGUCUAUGUUGAUGGUUACCAUGUUGACUUUGGCACACAGACUUUCACUUUUCCUGCAGCAAUCUUGGUAACCAACACCAGAGUAGGGGAAAUGGCCUCUGCAUCUGCUUGUGACCAUGCUGCUCCACAGCUCACCUACCCCAGCCCUUUCCGCACUCUACGCCUCGGCCUAGUCCUGGAGGCUCUGGAGGCAGAGGCAGUCCCACACAACCGUUACCUCCCUCCUAAUCCUCGCUACCAGCAUACGUUCCCCUUUGUCUGCGGUCAGUCAUUCCGCCGGGACCAGUUUUCUUCCCAUUUCAGAAAUGUCCAUGGUGACAUUCACGCCGGCCUCAAUGGUUGGAUGGAGCAUCGCUGCCCCCUUGCGUAUUAUGGCUGCACAUUUUCCCAGCGGCGGUUUUACCCAUCCAUCCAGGGGGCUAAAGUGGUUCAUGAUAGGCACCUUAAGUCCUUUGGGGUUCAGCCUUGCCCAAGGGUGGAAAUUCCAAGUGAUUCCCAGUCUGACCAGUUUAGUGGAUUGCCCAUUGAGAUAUUGUGGCACAUUGCUGGAUUCCUGGACAGUUUCAGCUUAUGCCAGCUCUCACUGGUAUCACGGACUAUGAGAGAGGUGUGUGCUAGUCUCCUUCAGACCAGGGGAAUAGUGGAGCUGGAGUGGGAGCAAAGACAACACCCUGGCGGUCGUGGCACCGUAUCAUGGCAGAUCAAAAAUAAAGUAUGGAGAUUCAGCACUGCCUUCAGCCCAGUGGCAUCCUGGGGUUUCACUGACAUCCCCAGUAUGUCAGUUCACCUUAAGAAGUGCCACUUCAACACAGUGGAGCAGAAGACGGAGCCCAUACCCCUUCCUGCCAUGUGCACUGCACAAGAGGGAUUCUCGCUUCGUCGUGUCCUGCGUCACGUCAACACCUGACCAAACUGGGCGUUACUCUCACAGCUGCAUGAGGUUCAACAGAAUAAUCUUCAGCUGCCGCUUCCACAUAAUACAUGAAUAAUGCAUCUAAAGAUUUUCUGUUUUGAAGUAAACAAACACUUCCUGUAUUACACUAGAUAAUGAAGAAGCCUUAAUGAAAUAACACUUUACUUGCCAGGGCGGUUACGGGUAGUUUCCUGUGUUGGGAGGAAAAAAAAGCUUUUAGCUUUGCAUGGAUUUGUGCAAGAUAGUGCAACUAUAUUCUGGUAAGAUAAAAUAUAUUUUGUUGAAGACAAAUAUGCAAACUAGAUUUGUAUUGUUCUGUAUAUUAUAUGAAAAUUAAAUUUAAUAUCACUAUUAUGCCUUUCAGUCAUAGCCGUGGAAAACAGCAGAUUUGUGGUAAAAUCUCACUAUUUGUGUGUAUCAGAAAUUACUCGAGCACUCAACAGGAUAUUUACUUAUAUCUUCCAGGCUGACCUGUGAACCUGAUCUGAAGUGUUUUCUUUUUUUGUUUGUUUGUUUUUUUUUUAGCCAAGUAGAGGGUUAGCCUGGUGCUUAUCUUUUACCAAGGUUUAUGGGAUGUGAGGAAGAAAAUUGUAACAGUUGGAAAGCCCUAUAAUUAAUCUGAUUUGCUACUAUUUAAUAAAGUCUUUUGCCUUUUA